AACUUCUGCUUCGAGACUGGCCUGGCAGUAACCAUCAACAAUGGAUCUAAGCACCACUCUUACCUUGGGUGACAUAUUCACGAAACAUCAACAGUGCUGUAGACGUCCCCGUUCAAUACCCACACUUAUUAUUCCAAUCACCCCUUAUCAUCAGCAAUCAUCAUGUGCGGCGCGGAACCUCUUGUCAGCCUGAACAGCGCCGAGUCCGUUAAAGCAUUCUACAAGCUGCUCGGAGAGCGCGAGCAACUCCCAGUACCCAGACCAAUCAACGUCUCACCAAAAUGGCCAGCAGCUCGCAAUGAUCACUACUGCGACCAAAAGGUUUGUCGCCACGCUGUCCUCGACUUAUUUCCUCUGUAUAUGCCGUCGGACAGCGGUAGCGAUGUCCAGGCGCCUGACGUCGAUAUCUCCAAUACUCGAAGCAACACCCACAGUCCAAUUUGUUCGUGGCCAGCCAAUGAGUAUGCCGGUGACAAUCCUCGAUUCAACCACCAGCAAUAUACUCCACCUUCGUCGCACGAUGGUCAAGGUCUCCAAAGUUCUCAGACAUUCCCCAUAAACUCCGACUUACGCACCCGCGCUCGCGCCCUUCGACAAGAACUCGACAAUAUACAUAUUAGCUACGCUAAGUCAUAUCUUGAGGUCGCGGAACGCUUCAUUGACUUGUCUGACCCGUACUGCAUCCUGUCAUCGGGCUACGACCGUCUGGCCGAAAAGCACGAUAGCCUUCGACAUACCGUCUACAAGCUUGUUGCACAGCUGGACAUCCACACGGAAGCCUUGACGGCUCUAAAUGAGUGGAAAAUUCGUACUCAGAAGAGCUUCGCUGAAGUAAAGGUUCAAGACCAAGAUCCUAAGCUUUUGUAUUACGGCACACCGCAUUCAGCGUCUACGGUGGAUAUUGCAACUGAGCAGGUAGAGCCUGACCCCGUAGAAGCGGCGAAUCCGACUUCCAAGACGAUGAUAGACAGGAGAGACUCUGGCGUUGCGGAUCUGGAGACGCCUCUCAUAACGCCGGCAGUUCCGCUUGGAAAACAUGUUGUACGUCCUAAGUUGGUGCUGAGGUUGCCACCUCGACCGGAUAACGAAGAGGAACGUGUGAAGCCUACUAGCGGCUUAGUAUCGGACCAGUAUGCAAGUUCCAAACGAAUUAGGAAAACCGCGGACAAGCGAAAGGCAGCUGCAUCUCACGUCAAACCAAUAGACAAGAGAGCAAAGAAGAGUCACAAAUGACCGAGCGCAUGUUGUGGAGGUAUGUCCUUCGUCUUGUUUUGUUUCUUCUAUGCUCAUGGAGGUAGCUGGGGUUGUCGGCCAACCGGGGAUGAGUUCUCGCAGU